AUGCGUGCCUGCGGUGAUUUGAAACUUUUCGCGGUUGUUGGACGCAAGCUUCCAACUGAUAGAGAACCUAAACCUGUUCCCUACAGAAUGCGCAUAUUCGCGCCCAACUCCGUCGUCGCCAAGUCACGAUUCUGGUAUUUCAUAAGGAAGCUGAAAAAAAUGAAGAAGGGUAGCGGAGAAAUUGUUUCUUGCCAAAGGAUACAUCCACGAAAGCCAUUGAUGGUUAAGAAUUUCGGUAUUUGGCUGAGAUACGAUAGUCGAUCAGGCACGCACAACAUGUACAAGGAAUACCGUGAUCUAACUGAGGAGGGUGCAGUAACCCAAUUGUAUCGUGAGAUGGGUGCUCGUCAUCGUGCCCGAGCUGAGGCUAUUCAGAUACAUCCACGAAAGCCAUUGAUGGUUAAGAAUUUCGGUAUUUGGCUGAGAUACGAUAGUCGAUCAGGCACGCACAACAUGUACAAGGAAUACCGUGAUCUAACUGAGGAGGGUGCAGUAACCCAAUUGUAUCGUGAGAUGGGUGCUCGUCAUCGUGCCCGAGCUGAGGCUAUUCAGAUACAUCCACGAAAGCCAUUGAUGGUUAAGAAUUUCGGUAUUUGGCUGAGAUACGAUAGUCGAUCAGGCACGCACAACAUGUACAAGGAAUACCGUGAUCUAACUGAGGAGGGUGCAGUAACCCAAUUGUAUCGUGAGAUGGGUGCUCGUCAUCGUGCCCGAGCUGAGGCUAUUCAGAUACAUCCACGAAAGCCAUUGAUGGUUAAGAAUUUCGGUAUUUGGCUGAGAUACGAUAGUCGAUCAGGCACGCACAACAUGUACAAGGAAUACCGUGAUCUAACUGAGGAGGGUGCAGUAACCCAAUUGUAUCGUGAGAUGGGUGCUCGUCAUCGUGCCCGAGCUGAGGCUAUUCAGAUACAUCCACGAAAGCCAUUGAUGGUUAAGAAUUUCGGUAUUUGGCUGAGAUACGAUAGUCGAUCAGGCACGCACAACAUGUACAAGGAAUACCGUGAUCUAACUGAGGAGGGUGCAGUAACCCAAUUGUAUCGUGAGAUGGGUGCUCGUCAUCGUGCCCGAGCUGAGGCUAUUCAGAUACAUCCACGAAAGCCAUUGAUGGUUAAGAAUUUCGGUAUUUGGCUGAGAUACGAUAGUCGAUCAGGCACGCACAACAUGUACAAGGAAUACCGUGAUCUAACUGAGGAGGGUGCAGUAACCCAAUUGUAUCGUGAGAUGGGUGCUCGUCAUCGUGCCCGAGCUGAGGCUAUUCAGGCCUUUGGAAGUGUGACAAGUAGAUAUCGUCCUUCCACUGAAUCUCCUUCUGUUAAUUUUCCACGUUUACUAGAGGAAGCAUCAUCACCAACUCGAGAACACAGAGUGCAUUGCAGAUAUUCGGCUAAAAUAUCUUUGAAUUUGAAGGCUGGCAAACACGAUUCAGACCACAGUACAGCUGCUUCACGUGUUGCUGAAGCAACGAAUCAGGUAUCUGUCAAGAGAAAUUUUUCCCCUCGUUUCGGAACCUCUAAUCAAAAUGAGAAAUGCAGUAAACAAGCUAAUGAAGGUGGAAGUUUGUCAGACGACGGCUCACAUAGAAAUCAAUAUCGAGAUUCUGUAGCCUCUACUCCUGCGUCAAAGUCAAAUCGUGUUAUUGUAGGUGUUACUCGAAAAUCAAAGCCAUCACAAUUUUAG